AUGGCUUUCCAUACCAAGAGCUAUGAAACACUAUACCCAGGACAGUUGAUAUGUCCAACGUUUGAAUUGGGCGAGAAAAAGGAAGAAACACAAGAAAUUAUACGUUACGUUGCAGGCAAUGGUGUUGCUGAGGAAGACUACGAAGUCAAAGGGCACACGAUGAGAGCUCUAACAGCGACCGUGCUCGGAGACGUAAGUUUCGUUGAAGAACAGGCAAAACAGAUACCGACAGAAGCAGAGCAUACGAAGGACGAAAAGGAGAAGGACUUGUUAAAAGAAGAGAAAAAAGAGGAAAUAACGGCAGACUCCAACCCGGAAAGAACAUUUUUUGUUACCGUAACAGACGCCAAGGCUGCUAAAAAAGAUGUAAACGAAGAUUUCGCAAACAACCUUCCCCGUGAGGGUAGCGUUGUUUUGGCCAGAAUUACACGAAUUUCAUCACAGAGAGCCAAUGUUGAAAUUUUGGCGCUCGAAAAUAAAGCCCUGCCAGUGGAUUCCGGCGUUGGAAGUAAUGGUUCGGGUGUAACAGCACCAGGAGGUGGCUCUGCUGCUGCCACGCUAUCGAUAUCUCAGGCCUCGUCCGAUCUUGGAGAGACUUUUAGAGGCAUCAUCAGCGCCCGUGAUGUCAGAGCGACAGACAGAGAUAGAGUGAAAAUCAUGGAGAGCUUCAGACCCGGUGAUAUAGUUAGAGCUCAGGUUAUCUCGCUAGGAGAUGGUUCUAACUACCAUUUGUCCACGGCAAGAAACGAUCUCGGAGUUGUGUUCGCGAGGGCCUUCAACGGUGCUGGAGGCCUCAUGUACGCCAUCGACUGGCAAACUAUGGUGGCGCCUAACACAGGGUUUAUGGAGCCACGCAAAUGUGCCAAGCCAUUCUGA